AAAACAGGCUCCCAAGUUCUGUUUUCGGCUGUGAAAGCCUCUUGCAACCCUCUGCCAGUGAAAAGGGAGCUCGAGAGGGCCGUGUGCUGCCCUCCAGAGCUCAGUUUUUGCUGGCAGAGGCACCACGGGCCAGUCCUUGGCUGUUUCCAGGGCAGCUCCGUGGGCCAGAUCUACGCACCCAGUGGGCUGGAUCCAGCCCCUGGGCCUUGAGUUUGACACUCCUGGCUUACAGUUUUAGGCUUGGAGUAUUAGAAGGCCAAAAGAAGCUUGAGGACUUCCUGAGGGACUACAGAAAUAUUCUUUGAUCUACGUGUAAUCCAAGUUCACACUUCUCACAAAAAUGCCUAUAUUGAAACAGCUGGUGACAAACUCUGCUAAUCCUAAACGCCGGUCUCGGGCUGAUCUGACAACUGAGAUGAUCAGCGCUCCUCUUGGCGAUUUCCGUCACACCAUGCAUGUGGGUCGGGCUGGGGACGCCUUUGGAGACACCUCCUUCCUCACUAGCAAGGGUGGGGAGGGAGAACAGGAAGCUACAGAGGAGACUGGCUCCUUCUCGAAGCCUGGCCUGCUCUCACGGAGGUUUCGCAGCAGCAAGAGGUCUCAUUCUGUGACACGUGGUGACCGGCGGGACAUGCUGGGGUCUCUGAGGGAUUCAGCGAUUUUUGUGAAGAAUGCAGUAUCCCUACCCCAACUCACGGAGAAGGAAGCAGACAAGAGCGGCAGGAAGCAGCUACCCAAGAGCCUCUCCUCCAGCCCUGUGAAGAAAGGCCCCGAGGAGAACAUCCUCGAAGAGAAACACACAAAUGGCGCUGCUGAAGUCCUCAACUCCAAACCCCACAGUCCUGGCUUGGAAGAGCGUGCUUUUGGGGAUGUGACUGAUUUGCCUUUAGUCAUCCCCAAGGACAGCUACGGCAUGAAGCAUGCCGAGUCCAUCCUUUCUUUCCAUAUUGAUCUGGGGCCUUCCAUGUUAGGGGACGUCUUGAGCAUUAUGGAUAAGGACUUGUGGGAACAAGAGGACUCUGGUUAUCAUGGAGCGGAGGAUCCCCAAAGAGCAGCUGGCUCCACAGAGGCAUCAGCAGCCCGGUGGUUCAGCCACGAAAGCAACCUUGUCCUGGAUUCUGUGAUUCAAAACGAUGGCCACCGAGUCGUCACUUACAGUCCUGGAUCGGCUCGCAGCAUCACCAGUCGUACGACAAUAGACAGCAGUUCGGUCUCCAGCUGUGUGUCCAUGGGGGAAGAACAGCGAAACCUCGCCUCUAAAGGACCCAGCCACAGCCUUCCAGGUAAUGGGAGGCACAACCUUGUAAAACAGCCAGAGAAAGAGUUCUCUUUCAUGGAUGAAGAAGAUGAUGAGAUAAGAGUAUAAAAAAGCCGUAUACUCCCUUUGAGUUGAAGGAGAAAAUGCAGUUGAAUCUGGAAUAAACAGCACGAUAGGAAGAGAAAAAAAACAAGUGUUAAAUGCUUUCGCCUGCCUUCUUAGGCUGCAGAUUUCAUCAUGAUUAUUUUCUUAAACAGGCUGCUGGAAAGUUGUUUGUUUUUUUUUCCCCUUCCCUCCCCAUUUGGGGUUAUUGCAAGGGUCAAGUUGGAAAUCAUAUAUAAAUGAUGUUCUGUAUAUUUAAAAUAAUUGAUUCCUAUGUUCAUAGGGAUGCCUAAAGUAGGUUGCUAGGAGAUAUUUGGGAAAAAAUGUUUCUAGGCACAAAUCUGACAUAUUCAAACUUCUUUAGAAAAGGGUAGCUCUUGGUUUACUUAUCUACAAGCCUGUUUAAAGCAAUACAGAGCUGAAUAUUAGGACAAAGCUCAAAAGCACUAGUUUCUCUAUUAAUACGUAAAUAUAUAUUUUGUUUUCCUUUACCUUUAUACUAGUGCUUGUAAGAUUUCUUUUUCUUUUGUAUUUCCAAGGAGAAUUCCUUUCUGGACCUUGCAGUAGUCUGCAGGUUGUUAUAUGUUUGCAGAAAGGGAAUAAAAACAGGAGUUUGAAAUAAUCAGAUCUUUCAAAUCUACAUAUUUGGAUGCUAAAUAAUUUUCUCCUUGUGGGCAGACCUCUGGAAGUAUUUAUCAACUUUGGAAAUCUCCUCAUAUUUCUUUUUUUAAAAACCACAUGGCAGAAGUCUUUGAAAAACAGAUUGAGAAGAACCAUGCCUCUUAUGUCUGCCGUCUACAGCAGGACCAUCUCUUAGUUCUUGAGGAAACCAGAGGUGGAAAGAAUAAAAAUGAUAACCUAGCUUGAAACAGACUUCCCCAUUUCUAAAAUUUGUCACACAUUUUAGAGUGACCACGCGGCUCUUUCUAGGAAAGCAGUCUUGGAGAUGCAUAAAGCUGCUGAGAGAAGAAUAGCCAACAAGGCUGGUCAGCCUGGCUACCCAUUACUUAUUAACUUAUUUUCCUCUUCAGGAUUUUCCUUUGGGUAAGCAGACGUCCUAAGAUGUCCUAAGAACUGUUAGUCUGUUUCAUUAGAUCAACCCACCCAGGAUACGGGGGACAGGAGAGAGACAAUUGGAUGAAUGCUACUGACUUGCAUGUCUUCAGAUGUAAAUGUAAGCCCCCCCCCCCCCGCCCCAAGUAACCUAACCAGAUAGGGCUUCAUUCUUUCUUACUUUUUUUUGUUUCUUUAGAAUGUAUCAGCAGAGCUGACCGAAGCACAAAAAGCUUAGCAUUUGUCAUUCCAGGAACAAUGGAGAAGGGCAGUGCUGAGUUCCUUCCCUUUGAAACUGUUUUCAGUUAAUUACCUUCCCCGCAUCUUUAGGAGGUGCUCCUAACAUUCCUGUCUCAAAGAUGGAUUUUAUUUAGGGUUUUUGGGUGGGGGUAUUUUUCUUUUUUGGCCUUUACAUUUUGCUGGGCAUUAAACACUAAAUUGCUUUCUUAUUUUUUUAGAUAUUUUUAAUUAUAUAUAUAUAUAUAUAUAUAUAUAUCUUAGAUUGGCCCAGUCCUUUCGGAGAAAGAAUAUUCCUUGGUUGUGACUUUCUUGUGUAUGUACAUGGUAUUUGUUCCAUGCAUCUGAUGGGAUUUUUUUAAAAAAACAACAACACAGAAAUGUUUGUUUUCAAAUGCAAGGAAAUUAAACUAUAGUGAGGAAAACAAUCAUUUUAAAUGUGGAUUUUUUUAUGUGCUUAGGGGUAAAGGAUCGAAAGGAGACAGCAGCCACAUGAUUCAAUAUUCUCAUUAUAUAAAAUUGGCUAGUUAAAAACACCCGAAUGGCAUAAGAUGUAAAGUGCAGUGGUACAUUUUUCUGACCUUUGUUGUGGAAAAAGAACAAUUCCUACAACCUUAUCGUUUCCAUAAUUUUUUAACCAGAUAAUUUAAAUAGAACUUUCAUCAUUAGCCAAGUGGGCUAGGACUGAGAGGAACCAGAGGUUAAACAAAAUCUGGAAGGCCAUCCCUGUUCUGUGAUGUUAAGCUUUUUCUUCUUUUCAUAUCCUCUUUACCUUGUUUACUUCAUUCUGGCUGUAGUUGUCUAUCAGCUUGAUCAGAAUCUUUGCUGUUGAGGAUAACACAACAAAAAGCAACAAAAGCUUUGCUUCAUUAUGUCACUUAUAUGUACUUUGGCCUCGUAUUCAUAUCCUGCCUCCAUUCAGCAAUAGUUCACGGAAGUAGUUUUCCCACAAACCCCCAAGCAGCAUUGGGAGUUGGGAUGGGAAUCGUAAUCCAAAACAUUGACUGGAUAUAAGGUUCUAGCAAUAUUACACUGAGCAAGGUAUAUCCCUGUCUGGAACUUUGAAUGGUUUGAAUCCCAAUAGCUAAUAAAACAUUACUUCCUCCUCUUUUGGAGGAAUAUAUGGAAGCCUAUAAGAACUGCCAAAUCAAAUACAUGCUGAUGACAGUGAACCAAGAUCUAUAUAUAAUUUUUGCUAUCUGUCAGUAGUUGCAAUCUAUAAAGCAUUUGAACCUCACAGCAAGUUACUGUAACUCACUGGUAGACCAUAAACUACACCUCUUCCAAAAUUUCAAGGUAUAAACAAGCAACUACCCACUCUCUUCCCCCCACCCACCCACCCACCCCCCGCACACUUUGAACUGAUAAUGUUACCUAGUUGGGUAAUAAAACAUCUGCAAAUAAACAAGCUUAGAGAGCACCAAGACCUCCAUAGUUCAACCUUGAACUCUUGUAUCGAGACCAACAGAAUUUCAAUAUUCAGUUUGGUGAGCCACAAUUUUGCCUGCCUGCCGUGAUCUAAGACCACAGUAAACUGAAACAUGAGACAAUAGCAUUCUUUUCAGGGACACCAACAUUUUAUUGCUUGCAAGUUAUUCUCUUUUUCCCUUUGUUCUAUAAGCUGCUCAAAAAAUCCCCCUUCUAACUAUAGAGCCGUCCAAAGAAUCACGGCUCCUCCUCUCCACUAAAUGGUAUCAACGCAUACCUAUUUUUUAUAUUAAAACAUAUGUUUUGUUUAUACCAGCAGAUGGCAGUGGUUUAUAAAAUGGUAUCUUAUCCACCUGCAGCUAUUUCUACUCCAGCCUUGACCUUAACUGCCUGAGGUGCAAUCCUCCAAUUCUUGUACAAGCUGCCUUAAUCUAUAAAGCCUCUCACAGUGCUCAAGGCACAACACAAUGGGAAUGUGGGAGGUCCUGACUGACCCUGUUCUCUAGGGAAGGUCAAACCUGAUCUCUGUGUUCCUCUUGACACUUGAGUGACAACAUGAUGUUGCCAUAGCAAGGCUAAUAGUUGGGUUUCAGUGAUUGGAGCCACUAGAAAUGUGGCUUGUCUCAGACUUUCCUUGGGGUGUAGUUGGUUUACAAUGGCCUGAGAUCUUUAUGCAAACAAGUUUUGAAUCGGUUCUAAUUUGAGUAUAAUGCAAAUGACAGGGAAAGAGAAUGGCCUAUAUCUGGUAUGUGUAAAUGUAGCUUAGGAGUGAUAAUAGACUGAUUUGUAAAGAGAAAAUGUCAAAUGAUAUCAAGGCUGUACUGUAUCUCCACUCUUCCAAUGUGCCAGAGUCAGCUCCCUGUUGUGUAAGCAAAUACAUAAGCAGACAAUGCAGGAUCUAUCUGAUGCUUAAUCCUCAUUACAACAGAAAUGCUAGUCUGGGACACUGAUCCAUUGUUUUAGGAACAAAUAAAAGAAGCCUCUGGUUAGGGAAAGCCUUUAUAAACUACUGAAUGAAGAUUUGAUCUGCUGUUUCCUAAGUAGCCAAUACGACAGGGUAUGUCUGCACCUUCAGAUAAAGGGGAAGUCUUCUACUGUAAUCUUCAAACUGUGAAGAAAGCAAAAUUACACACUGUAUGCCCCUUUGGAAUCUUAUGUAAGCUCCUAUAUAUAUUAGGCUAGAUCAGAGGUGUCAAACUGGUGGUCUGUGGGAUGUGUCAUGCGCAGGCCAUGCCCACCCCAGCUCUGUGGAUGGGAAAAACAUCGCAAAACAUCACAUGAUGGCAACGUGACACGGCGAGUUUGACACCCGUGGGUUAGACGAUCAUUUUUGAUUAGCAUGCAACACAUAAUUUUCUUAUUUAAGGCAUUAGAUAAAUGGUAUGUGCUCUUUUCAGUUGUAUUUUUGCAGGUCGAUCAUCUGAGAUCAACAUAAUUGUUCACAGGCUUUCAACUUUGUUAAUUGAUUAAAAUCCUAUUUCUUCAAAUAAUGUUUCUGUUGUGAUAGUGGUGAAGCUGCUGUCAAGAAGUUAAGGACCUUGACUAGGCAGUAUUUUACAAGCAUUUUGAAUACUGUUGUCAAGCGCAAACAACCAGACCCACACUUGAAGAGUUCAAACUACUUUAUUCUUCUAUGCCUAUUUCACAGGAAUCUUCCCAGACUGGCAGCUUUCACUUUGAAAAGACUAGACUAGGCUCAAAAACAUUCAAAGGAUUGUCAGACCUUGCCUUCUGACUAAUUCCAGACUGAUUUCCUGCUUGAUCCCUCCUCCAUACUGGAAAGGUUGCUUUCCAGUAACUGUAAAUGUUUGUAAAAGACUUGUCACAAAUAAAGCAAUAGAAAAGAUAAUUUCCAUAAUUUGUCUCUCUCAACUUCAUACGACAUAUAAAUAAACUGGGAAAGAAUUAUUAGAGAAGUAAAGAUUGGCAGAAACAAGUAACAACUUUUGCCCUUACCCCAACAUUGUGCUCAAGUUUAAUUACAUACUUCUGAUUCAAAUGUUUAUGGGUUCUAUACUUAUGAAGAAAGUAUCCUCCACACAUACAAUUAUGCCUCUCCUCAAAUUGUCCAGUGGCAAAAUUCCUCUUGCCUUUCAUGGGGGGAUGAGGUACCGGAGGUAAAUCAAAUAAGUGAAAUGUGUUUCCAUCAUUCAUUACAAUUUGUUUAGCUCAAUUCAGAGCGGGCCCUUUGUCAUCUAACUGCCAUUUAUGAAAUUUGGGAAUUCUGAAGGAAAAUGCACAGAACUAUCCAAUUUUAGAAACCUUACUUUGGCUUGGGAGACAAGAUGAUCUUUAAGCUCAAAGUAGUCUAACCAAUGUUUGUAUCUAAAGGGUUGGGGUUGAUAAAAUAUUGCAAUCUUCAAUCUCAUUCUUGCCACCUUCACACCAACAUUUGUUUGAUGCAAAGGUUAUACUAGUCAAAGUUUCUAAUCCUGGAAAAUAGAAGUCUAGAGUUUCCUAUGUCACCAAUAAGAAAGUAUAAGAAAAUAAAAUUUGAUGCUACUCGUCUGUUCUACUUCCACCAUUCACUAGCACUUUGGGGGACACCAGAAUACAUUAAAGACAUUGAGGUGGUGGGGGAGAAGAAAUGCAUACAAUUCCCUAGUUCUUGUGAAAGACCAUGCAUGCCACCUGAGAAGUCUGACAAUUUCAAGCUGUUGAAGAAGGCUUCUCUCUUGCCCUUGUUAUGUCACCAAAAAAACCCACAAAACCCUACUGUAGGAAUGAAUAGCAACAACAGAGAGAUUUAUUAUUGAUUGUAGGUUUGUACAUUACAAUAAACCAUUAAAUGUGUGUAAUUGGCUUUAGCUCAGCACUGUUAUUUCAGCCCCCACAUUUUGCAAACUGUCUUUACACCUUACCCUAUGUCAACUAGGCCACAAUGGUUAUAUUUAACUGACAAUAAGUAAAAUAAAUGAUCUGAAGAUCUGGGUUUAGAAUUUCCCAAGUCAGAUAUGUUUCUUUUAAGAAUUCUUACAGUAUUUUCAUACCUGGAAAUGUGGUCCUUGGCUGAUAGCAAACAAAAUGAAUUGUCAGAAAAACACCAAAAACAUUCACUAUGUCAUCUACUAUUUUCAUUUGAUAUCACCAAUUUGAUAUACUUGCUAAGUAGAUAAGUUAUUUGAACCAUACUCUGGGCUAAGCAGUCCAAAAGGAAAAGAGCCAUAUCAAGUGUAUGAACAAGAAGAUAAAUGCUUUUGCAAAAGUAGGCACAUCUGAUCAAUUUUUAAGACUGCUGUCCAACCUAGUACUAGAGUAUGUUGUGCUGAUGAAAUUAUUUUAUGUAAACAUUUUAAGCACAAAUAGUAUUAGUUAUAUAAUAAAAGUUAAAUAAAUUGAGAUGCAAAAAAUUAUAAAUUCAAUGGUUAAAAUAUAUUCAAUACCAGUAAUUUUUAAUCUCUCCUAUUGAAAUUCUGAUAAGCUGUGAUCAGACCAUUUAUUAGUAUUAUUUACAGUAUUGCAAAAGGCAUAUAAAGAUAUAAGAGAUCAAUUUCAUUGGUUGGUUUUGCUCUAAUUUGACAACGGAUUUUAGAACACCAAAUAAUAUUAAUUUAUAUAUAUAUAUAUAUAUGCGUACUCUCUGGAAACUAAUACUGUGGGGGUAAGAUACCCCUAACACCUCUCGGUGUGUUUGUGUGUGUGUUCCACCAUAACUGGAACACCUUGAGCAAUUUUAACCAAACUUGGUACACAGAUGACUUACUCUCUGGAAAAAAAUACUGUGGGAGUAAGACACCCCUAACACCCUUCAGGGUGUGUGUGUCUGUGUCCCUGUGAGUUCCAGCAUAACUCUGGAACGCCUCAAGCAAUUUCAACCAAACUUGGUACACAGAUGACUUACCCUCUGGAGACAAACACUGUAGCGGUAAGACACCCCUAAUAUCCCUCCAGGUGUGUACGUGUGUGUGUGUGUUCCAAUAUAUCUCUGGAACACCUUGAGCAAUUUCAACCAAACUUGGUACACAGAUGAAUUACUCUCUGGAAAAAAAUACCACAAGGGGGGUCAUGUGCACAUGUGGGAGGCAGGGGGUAUUAGGAUGAAAAAAUACCCGGGCAGUGCCAGGUCAUCAGCUAGUAUUAGAUAAGCAAAAAGAAUUAAGCAAAAAAUGCUAUUUUUUGCUGGGGGGUUUCUAGAGAUUUUUAUUUCAUCUUUUAGCAAGGUCCAUCCUCCUCAUUCAAAACUGAACAUUGAUUUUUAAUAGUUUCCAUUUAUAAAUUGCAUGUCAUAUGAUUUCAGUGUAGUCACUGUAAUACAGUGCUUCUCAAAUAGUGGGGCGCGCCCCCCAGGGGGGGUGCGAGGCUCCGUAAAGGGGGGCACGUUUGACCUCGGCAAACACUGUCGUAACAAGCUAAGCCCCGUAUUUACAGUCGCGCGGGGGGCGCGAAAAAUGUUUUCUUCUUCCUAGAGGGGCAUGACAGAAAAUAAUUGAGAAGCACUGCUGUAAUACCACCUGUGAACAUCUAACUUCUUAGAAAUGUAAAACUAAGAUAUUCUGAAAUAAACAGAGGUAUAAAUAAUGACAUAGGUUUUUGGCUCAUAGGAUUUACAUACUGCUUGCUUAACAUCUAGAAAUAAUUUCUUUCCACAGAUAAUUAGCUAAUGACCUAUGAAUUCUAGCUAUUGUGGCUAUGAAAAUGGAAGAGUAAUGUCACUACUGUCUGUCUAGAACAGGGAUGACCAAUCUUGGCCACUUUAAGAAUUGUAGACUUAAACUCCUAGAAUUCCCCAGCCAGCAAUUCUUUCCAAGGUUGGAUACUCCUAUCUAGAGAGUUCUAGAAAAAACUUCUCCCACACAACUAACCUCCCAUUCUUGAGCUAGUAGUUUUUCAGAAGCCCUUCUUUCCAAUGAAAUGUAGGCUUAUUAAAUCUUCAAUAUUUUAGCCUUUGUUCAUCUGCUGUUAAAGAAGCUAAUACUGUAUCAUACAAGCCAACCAGCAUUUGGGAAAGGGAUGUGCUUUAAGAGAUUCUAUUUUAUUUGUACAAUUUAGGAACAUGACAGAAAAUCUGUUACUGUACAGAAAUAUGUACUCAAUGUCAAGGUAUGUAAUUAUGGUAAUUGCACUAGUAAGAGCCUUCAUGUUUGAUUGCUACAACUGAAACUGCUACUUUAAAUGUGAGUUCAUGAAGCAUGAAAUAUAUAUUUCAAGAUCAAUAGAUCCUAAGUUGUUGGAAAGCAACCAUCCUGGUUGAAAGGAGGGCUCAAGUGGGAAAUUAAUCUGGAAUCAUAUAAACAUAAGUCUGACCCCCCCACCCACCCCCACAAUGCUUCUGAGCCUUAUUUAGUCUUUCCCAAGUGAAAGCUACUAGUCUGGGUAGAUUCCUGUGACAUAGGCAUAGAACAAAGUAGUUUCUUUGAAUUGUACAAGUGGGGAAGGUGUCUGGUUGUUUGUGCCUGACGUAAGUGCACAGAUGAGUGAUUUUCUCUUGCAAUAGAAGUUAACUGGCACUGCAAUCUUCUGCUUUAAGUUAGACUCAGACCAACCAUACCCAGAUACAUCCUCUGGCACUUCCUACCUUACUAUAGGUAGUCCUUGACUUACAACCACAGCUGAGCCCAAAAUUUCUGUUGUUAAGCAAGACAGCUGUUAAGUGAGUUUUGCCUCAUCUUUUGACCUUUCUGGCCUCAGUUAAGUGAUUUAUGGAGGUUGAUAACAUAGUUAUUAAGUGAAUCUGGCUUCCCCAUUGACUUUGCUUGUCAGAAGGUUGCAAAACAUAAUCAAAUGACUCCAGGGCAUUGCAAUCAUCAUAAAUACAUGCCAGUUACCAAAUGUCCACAUAUUGAUCAUGUGACUAUGGGGAUGCUGCAACAGCCAUGUGAAAAACGUUCAUAAGUCACUUUUUUCAGUGCUGUCAUCACUUUGAACUGUCACUAAAUGAAUGGUCGGAACUUGAGGACUACCUGUACCAAACCUUGUUGAUAAAAUUAAAUAGCUGAUAUUCAGGUUACACUAUUGAUUGAAAUAAAUCUAAUCUCGUUUUUGAGAUCAACUAUAUCUAUAGUUUACUGUAAGAGAUUAGUAUGUACAAUUUGGACUAACUAAAAUACUUGGGUUUACAUUUUUUUAUCAACUGUAUCACAAUAUUUGAAUCAAAUAUGCCAAAUUAGAUGUAGGUAAUUUGAUGGUUAACAUUCUCAUUAAGUCUUCAGAGAAGAUAUCAGAAUAUCGUAUUUAGAUUAAUGUAUAUUUUAAGAGGAAUUCCAUUGCCCAUUAAUUUUAUACAGAUACAUAAUAAACGCCAUUAUAAUAAAUAGAUGCCAUAAUAUAUGUUACCUUAUGGUAAUGGCAGCUUUAAGUUGAUUUUGGCAUACUAAAGGUGCCCAGGAGUGGGACAUCGUUCUCCUCUCUCACCAGACACCUGUUCAGUAUUUCACAGAACUAUAUGCAUUGCAUUGAAUGAAAACAGCAAUAGCAGCUACAUAACACUAAGCCAAGAUUUUAACCAUGGCUUUGCAGUGACAGUCCCAAUUCUCAAAUGCUUUCCAAGGGAAGGUAGCCUAAUGUCCAUCUUGCUGCCUUUUCUUCAGCAUGCCAAUAUUUUGGGUUCUUUCUAACAUUCUAGUAUUUUCUACCACGUUCAUCGCUAUGAUAUAACUUUUGUUGCUAAUAGUGAUUUCAGUAUUUCAUCUGCAUUAUGUUUUAUGCUAGAUCAUGUUUAUCCAUGACUUUAUUACUGUGUUGAAUUUUAUUUGUUUGUGACUUUAGUCAUUUAUUUAAUAGCAUUUAUGUCCUGUCCUGCUAGAGACAACAAGCAAUUAACAUGCAAAUAAAAACUCAUAUAAAUAGCAGUAAUAGUAAUGAAACAAAGACGUGAGAAAAACAGAUUUAGAAAAAUGCACUUUAUUGAUUUUAUUAGUAAAGUUAACAAUAGAAAAUCCAAGGUUUUUUUUUUUUACAAAAACAUAAAUAACGUAAUAGUUUGCAAUUCUUUUCUAUAUGAUUGUCAUCCUGAAGAUUGAUCCAGGAAAUGUAUUGACAGCUACAUAUGAAAAAACAUUUAGCAAAGCUCUAAGAAAAAAAGCAAUUCACCUGCUG